AGCUACUUCUCAUAACCCAAGUGACUUCCCUUUCUCUGCCACAAGUGACUGAGGAGCAGAGAGCUGCGUGUUCCUCGGCGACCGGGCGACCUCGGACUGGCCAUGCCCCGGCAGCUCUCCGCGGUGGUGGCGCUCUUCAUGUCCCUGGCCGUAAUUUUGCAGGAUGGCAGUCAAGCAAGAGCAAAACCAUUUCCAGAAACCAGAGUCUAUCUUCAACCCACUACAGCAGCAACAGCAAAACCUUCUCCCUUGCAACAAACUAACCAAGUGCCUCAGGAAACUUUAGCAGCAAGAUCAACGGGUGGUCACAUCACCUCUGAAAUGGCUGCCACAGUAAAAACUCCAACUACCCCACUAACUCCAAAAAACACCCCACCUACCACCCCAAUUAUGCACACCUUGAUCACAACCCAGGCCACAGCCAACAACUCACACACAGCUACUCCAGUCACUGAGGCUACCAUCGGCAACAGCUCAGCCCCUCAUUCACAGCCCCCCACCAUCACCCCGCCAGCCCAUGCAAAGGGAACCAGCCCAUCAACUCUCUGCUGCACAACUGGGCAAACCACCCACCCCAGUAACCCGACCACCCUCCCAACAACUUUUUCAACAGCACCACACAAAAGCACAACCAGUCAGAAGCUUAGUCAAUCCAGCCAUGCCCCAGGAACAACUGCAGCUGCACACAACGCCACCCAAACAGCCUCACCUGCCUCCACAGCUCCUGGGCCCACCCUUGCCCCUCAGCCUUCAUCAGCCAAGACUGGAACUUAUCAAGUUCUAAAUGGAAGCAGGCUCUGUAUAAAAGUAGAGAUGGGGAUAGAACUAAUUGUUCAAGACAAGCAGUCGGUGUUUUCACCUCAGAGAUACUUCAACAUCGAGCCCAAUGCAACCCAAGCCUCUGGGAACUGUGGCUCCCAAAAAUCCAACCUUCUCUUAAAUUUUCGGGGUGGAUUUGUGAAUCUCACGUUUACCAAGGAUGAAAAGUCAUACUACAUCAGUGAAGUGGGAGCCUAUCUGACCGUCUCAACUCCAGAGAUGGUUUACCAAGGAUUGAAGGGUGCGCUGGUGCUGUUUGAGACGGUGGUCGGGCAUUCCUUCAGGUGUGUGAGCGAGCAAAGCCUCCAGCUGUCCACCCAGCUCCAGCUGAAAACAAUGAACGUCCAACUUCAAGCCUUUGAUUUUGAAGACGACCACUUUGGAAAUGUGGAUGAGUGCUCGUCUGACUACACAAUUGUGCUUCCCGUGAUUGGGGCCGUCGUGGUUGGUCUCUUCCUUGUGGGUAUGGGUGUCUAUAAAAUCCACCUAAGGUGUCAAUCAUCUGGAUACCAGAGAAUCUAAUUGGUGCCCAGAGGAAAUGAAAAUAAUGGAGUUUAGAGAAUUCUUUCAUCGCUUCCAGGAUGGAUAUUGGGAACUUCCCUUAGACUAUGGGUCCUUUGAACAAUGCGAACUACCAUCUUCCACUAAAAACUAAGUGAGCCGUUUGUAAUUUAAGUUCAGGCAGCACAUCAAUUUCUAAAUACUUUAUGCUCAUUUUAUGAAAGAUUUAGUGAUCUGUUUAAGAGUAUUUUCUAGUUUCCUUCAGAAUAUUUUAACUCAAAGACAACAUUUGAGAUAUGCUGAAUUAACAUAAUAUAUGUAAAGUGGCAUGUGCCUCCGAAUUAUAAACCAAAGUGUCAAUUGUAAUUAAUGUUACCUGUGUUUGCAUUGAAGAUUUUAUUUUACCCUUGAUAGUUUCCAUUUUAAAAAAUGCCUUUGUUUUGUCCAUCAGUGGACUUUCAGUGCUUUUACUAUCUGUGCUUUUGUGAUGUGUAUACAUAUGCCUGGCAUGGUACUUACCCCCUUUCCCACUUUAAAUGUUUUUUUUUUAAAUCAUCAAAAAGAAUAUCUCUGGUUGUCUGGGUUUUUGAUGUGAAACCAACAAGAAGAACAAAUCGGUUUAUACUUUUUAUCAUGAUGACUCCUGGUCUAGAAUCAUUAGGCUAAGAAUUAGGUGGCUACAGACAACAGAAUUAAAUAAUAAGCAAGAAACAAUAAUAAUGGCUCUUACUUAUUGAACACAUAAGUGCCAAACAGUAGGCCAAGCACUUUACAUCCAUCUCAUUUAAUUAUCACAAUUUAAACACCAGUAAACUCAGGCCCAAGAGAAUUAACUCACUCAAUGUCAUCCACCUAACUGAUGGCAGAGUCAGAAUUUGAACUCAUGUUGGCCUGGUACCAAGGUCUUUGCUCUUCUCACGCCACCAAGUUGCCUACAAGAACAAUGACACUAAGUGCUGCCUGAAGCCUCACACUUUACAGGAGAAAUGGUUUAUCCAGAAUCCUGAGACAUUAGGGUAGACAGAAGGAGGACUUUGCAGAUAAUGAAAUAGCCUACCUUUAAUAAAUCCUCCACUCCCUUGAAGGAGACUAAAGCGCUCUAUAAAACAUCAGUCAGUUUCUCAUUUUUAUGGGAUUGUGUAGCUGUGGCUCUGCAGAAGAAGGCAUGGAAUAAAUUUCCAAAGUAUGUUCAUUUCUUCAAGACCAGAGAAAAUCGAACGGCUAACAAACUUUUCUCUCUUGAAUUUAGAUCCCCCUCUUGUGGUAACUUGCUGCUUCUGCACUUUUAUACCCACAUUUUCUUUUGCAGUUCACUUUAUUCCAUAGAGCAGCCUGCCAAGAAUUUAUUCCUGUUGCGUUUUGCUGCUAGAGAAAGAAACUAAGUUAGGAUAUUACCAGAAAAGAUCAUAUAACCAUAGUAUUCUUUAGUAAAGGAGUAAUUCAAGUCAACCCAGACACCAUUUGACUUUUGUUUCCUUAUGAGUCAGUAGGUUGGCAAGGUCCUAACUUAAUAGAAUACUGAGUUGUCUUAAAAGUUUUUGUAAUAAAAAAUUAUUUUGGAAAUUCA